CUGCUCGGCGAGUUUGAGCUCUCCGGUAUCCCUCCGGCGCCCCGUGGUGUUCCUCAAACCGAGGUCACGUUCGACAUCGACGCGAACUGUAUCCUCAACGUCUCUGCCGAGCCGCUCGUGGCGUCCGUAGUAAGUCAAAGAACUUCCAACUCAGGCGGCGGAGGGUAGAACAAGAUGUAUGUAGAUAGAAAUUUCCGUCAUAUGGCAUCCUCUGAGUGGCUCUUGUGUUGUGGAUGAGGGUGACGUUGCGAUGAAUGGGCGCUUCGCAUCGCCGCGCGUCUAAGUACUAGCCUGAGUCUGCGUCCACAGGUCGAUGCUAAUACUUAGCGCCCUCUCUGUGAUGCUUGGCGACCUCGAUCUAUCCCGAUAGUUGGUCUCCACGCCGCUGAAGGCUUACUUGGCCGUCGCUUCUGUGGCCCUUCAAACACUCAUCAUGCGUAACGACGACACACCGUAUGCCUCCCGUAGGUUCCUAUAUAGGGAGGACUCUGCAGCAUGGCCCGCGGCAGGACAGGGAGAUAAAGUCGUUCGGUUUGAGCCGACGAACUCGCUGGCAUCCGAACAAACCGAGCCGGAGGCUCGCACUGUUCAACGCGGAGCAAACUACACUUUCGUGUCAAUCCUCCUCGCGAUCGUGUUCCUAGUUCUGGCCAUUCUCCUUCAGCUAUCGCUUCGAGCCGACAUCGACUUCUCCCAGCACAUCUUCCACGUUCUAUCAUUGCGCGGUCCUCAACGUCACGAUCCCGGCUCGCUGCUUACGCCGGCACUCAGGCAGGCUGUCGAAGACAUUGUCAUGGAGCGUAUAAAGGCACAUGUACAGGCAGGUAGAGGACAGCGCGAUUAUGCCCUCAAGGCAGCGGGCGGCCGCAUCGCCCCCGACCUCACGACCGGAUGCACGGGCAUGUUCAAUUGGGAGUGCGAUGCCCCCAAUGCUGCGAUCGAUGACGACAUGCGAGUUGGCAAGUGCUGGAACAUUCACUCAGUUCCUGCACAGCUCGCCAUCGUCCUCCCCGAGGUCAUCCUACCGUCGCAUGUCACGGUGGAACACAUAUCGAAGGAGAUUGCCCCUGACAUCCAUGUUGCCCCACGGAAUGUUACGCUCUGGGGGAUCAUCGAUGGGAAGUCCAACGUCGCGCGGUUCGAGCAACUGCUACGUACAGAUCCCAGCCUUCAGGUAGCUGCAGAUCGACGACCCCCUAUUGCCAAAAAUCAUCGCUACAUCCCUCUUUCAUCGUUCGCGUACGAUAUCCAUGCCGAAGAACCCAUGCAAACGUUUGCCGUCGCCGAAAGCAUUCACUCUGCCAACAUCACGUUUGCCGUAUUCAUCCUCGAGAUUACCGAUAAUUGGGGUGGUGCGUCGACGUGCCUGUACCGUGUCAGAAUUCACGGGACAUCGCCUUGAUAGACAAGCUUUGGUCGCGCGGCCGCACACGACUCGUGUUAGCAUCCGCCUGGCCACGGUGCACGAAUGACGACGGAUUUAGAGCAUUCUCAUAUCAGUCCCUGCUCCCGACGACGACGAGGAGGGAGAAUACAUUUAGCCACUGCCGGCCGACGGCGCACAUGCAAUCCUUGUCGUCUUGACGGUGAUAGCCCUCACUGGUUACAACACAAUGAUCCAUAGUACUACCGAGUACACUCAGUCUGUACCGGCUGUUUUGCGAUCAUCACCACCUUCAACUGCCCUCUUAAGACCUCUCUGCCGCCGUCGCCGUCCUCCGUCCAUCUUGUAUUACUCACACAGUUCCCGGCAAUAGACAGGAGUCAAUGAGGUCUUGAGGGUUUGACCGUUAAAUCGAAAUCAUGCCCAUACUGC